AUGGCAAAUUUUACUGAAGUUACCGCGUCGGUGCAAGCCCUCCUGAAGGAACUCCCUCAUCUGCACAUGCUCCCGCAGACGAAGCAGUUAAGGUACCUUUUCACAAUCAUCCGUGACAAGAACACAACCCGUACGGACUUUGUGUUCUACUGCGACCGCAUCAUCCGUCUCGUCGUGGAGGCAGGACUCGAGCUUCUCCCAGUGGAUAAGAAGGAUGUGACUACGCCGACUGGUGCAACGUACCACGGCUGCAACCCGGACGAAAAGGGCAUCAUUGGUAUUAGCAUUCUGCGCGCUGGUGAGUCCAUGGAGCGUGUUCUGCGUGAGACAUGCCGUGGUGUGCGCAUUGGGAAAAUCUUGAUCCAGCGCGACGAGAAGAGUGACGACAAGCACCCUGAUGAGCGGUUCAACUACAGCAAGGUGCCCAAGGAUGUGGCGGAGCGACAAGUGCUUCUGCUGGAUCCAAUGAUUGCCUCUGGUGGUAGCGCAAUCCGCGCCACGGAGAUUCUCCUCCGUGACUACAAUGUGGAAGAGGAGAGCAUCAUCUUCCUGAACCUCAUCACGUGCCCGGAGGGUGUCCGCCGCUACAUGAACAAGUUCCCCAAGAUUCAGGUGGUGACUGCCGCCAUCGAUGAUGAGCUCAACAGCGAUAAAUACAUCAUCCCUGGUCUUGGUGACUUCGGGGACCGCUACUUUGGUACCCACGAGUAA